UACAAAUCACAGGGGAAAGGUUCAGGAUAAUCUCAUACAGUCUAUGGAUUAGGUUAUCUACGAUUUGACGAAAUGAAGAAUGACGAAAUGUAUGCAGUAACCUGUUACCUCACUGGAGACUUGUGUUAACCACAUUUGCUAUUGACAGUGAAUGCAACGUCAACAUAACGUUGGAUUAGUGUUUUGAACGUGUGACGUCGCAGGCUGGGUCUGCUAAUUCUGAUAUAGAUAUAUUUAUCUGAGACAUUUGGAGCAACAUACACUGUCGACGUCAGCUUCACUACAAACACUGUGACAGGCUUGUGGGCUACAGCCAGGAUGUCCUAUAUGAGCGCAGACAGCAGCUGGUCCCAGCCAAGGGACUUCAGCAGUCUUAUCCAGACAUGCAGCUCCAAUAUCCAGAAGAUUAGCCAAAACUCUGGUCAGAUCAAAACUCUCCUCUACCAACUGGGGCCGAGAGAGAACACCUCAGAGCUCCAGGAGAGGCUCCAACAGCUCCAGCACUACACCAACCAGCUGGCUAAAGAAACCAACAGACACCUGAAGGAGCUGGGCUCACUGCUCCCCCCACUGUCUCCCUCAGAACAGAGGCAGCAAAAGCUGCAGAAAGAGCGUUUGAUGAAUGAUUUCUCUGCAGCACUCAACAACUUCCAGAUGGUUCAGCGCAGGGCAGCUGAGAAAGAGAAGGAGUCCGUGGCCAGAGCUCGAGCAGGAUCCAGAGUCAUGGGAGACGGAGGCAAUGUGAAUGAACAGCUGGUUACAUAUGAAAAUGAAGAUGAGUGGGGUCAGAGCCAGACUCAGACUGAGGAGCCCACGACCACAGAGGAGGACCUGGACAUCAUCAAGGAGAGAGAGACUAACAUCAAACAGCUGGAGGCCAACAUUGUGGAUGUGAACCAGAUCUUCAAGGACCUGGCUGUGAUGAUCCACGAUCAGGGAGAGAUGAUCGACACCAUUGAGGCCAAUGUGGAGAGUGCUGAGGUUCAUGUAGACAGAGGGGUCGUCCAGCUGCAGAAGGCAUCCUACUACAAGAGGAAGUCCCGUAAGAGGAUGUGCAUGCUGGCCUUGGUGCUGUCGCUGGUGCUCAUCAUCCUCGUCAUCAUUAUCUGGCAGGCCAUCAAAUGAGAGGAGAAGCACACCUUCACAUGACUUCCAGUGUGUGUGUGUGUGUGUGUGUGUGUGUGUGUGUGUGUGUGUGUGUGUGUGUGUGUGUGUGUGUGUGUGUGUGUGUGUGUGUGUGUGUGUGUGUGUGUGUGUGUGUGUGUGUGUGAGUGAGUGUGAGAGAGAGAAAGAAAGAGAAAGAAAGAAAAAGUAUGGGCACAUGUCCACUGAAUGUGGAUGUAUUUAUUUGGGGUAAAUGUGUGUGUGUGUGUGUGUGUGUGUGUGUGUGUGUGUGUGUAUUAGUCCGAAUAUGACAGAUAAACACUACAUUCCAACACAUAAAAAGUACAAUUUUCUUCAGUGUACCAUGUAUCUACUGUAGGAUGGUGUCUUAUCAAAUGCAAUCUUACAUAAUUGUACAGUAUAUAACCCUGUCUUGUUUGUAUAUGAAGUGUAUUCCCCAUAUAAGGAGUGUCUUACCUAUGGGAUUGUUAAAGGAAAUAUCCACUUUUUCUUUAGCUGGCAUAAUGUCUGUUCUUAGUAAAUUGUUUGUUCACUGGAUGUGCCCACUGAAAGCAUUUAAUACAGUUCCACCUGACAAAGUGC